AUGUGUAUUCCUCUUCACUGUUUGUUUUUUCUUUCCUUGUUUCUGAAUCUGCUGUUGUUUAUUAAAACUGUACAAUCUUCAGGUCCACUAGUGGCGCAUCAUAUGAUUAAAUCACGAGCACGAAAUGAUAGCUGGUGGUGUGCUAAGGAUCGCAGUGCAUUUCGGGUGGCACCACCACAGCGCUAUGUGAUUAACAGAAGUAAUCCUGCUAUAAUACCACACAAUCUCUCGGUGAUAGUGGUGAUGGACCCAAACAUGAUAGAACCUACUGCAUUUCUUCAGCCCAUUGCACCACUUUCUGCUGAUGAUGGAAGUGGUGAGAAUGGCACCAUUUCCACCUCAGAACUCGCCCAACAGAGUUCGCCCAGUGGAGAUCUGAACAUUCCUUCAUUCUUUAAAUUACACGUGUAUGUCUGGGACGACACGACACUACGUGAAAUUCUAGAGGAAGUUCUGGCUUUAAGUGCCGCAGCGAGACGUGUGCUGAUGCCUCAUCCCCCUGUUGUACUAACAACAACAAGAACAGUUGAGGAGGUAGGAGUGAAGGAGGAUGGGAAUGAUUAUAUGGGGAAGAAGGCGUUUCUAUCGGAAUCGCACGAGCAAGGGAAAAAUGCAGGUAAGGAUGGAGUUGAAAAUAAUCAGGUUGAUAUUGAUGUGGAAAAGAAUGACGGGAGUGUUGCAUCAGGGAUAGAUGAUGAUAGUAAUUCCGUUAAGAGUGAGGAGAAUGAAAAAGCAGAACCUCCUUUUAAACGUGAUCGCACAGAGAUGGAAGAUGAGAAGGAGGCUCAGCAGAAUGUUUCCUCUGAAGUGAGAAGGAUGCGGGGGAGAAAUAGUCACCCUGGUGCACCACCAGUGACUAAGGUACGUGUUUCCCAUGUCUUUGUUGAUAACAACAAGAGACCGCAAAUAAGAGGUGUCACCGUUCUUCGAGUUGAUAAGCCUAUUUUUCACGCAGGUGAUUAUAUUACUAUGCAAGAACUACGAAUUUCAAGAGGUGGCGCUAGAGGAUGGAAGAAUGGGGAUUUGUUGGUGCUGUCACCGCUUGUACGAUACCAAAAAUCAACAUCAAUAUGA